UGGAAGGACCAAAGUUCAAAAAAGAGGACUAAUUUUUGGAUAUGUUUGACUAGUACAGAAGGGUCACAAGGAAAAGUUUAGAGGGCCCUAGGUAUGAAAUGUCACUCUUUGACUCAUGAACCUUUCAGAUAUUAAAAAUUGCGACAAGUGAAGUAAAAUGUAAUUUACAAAAUGCUGUUUUGAGAUGUCUACAUUUGUCAUCCCGUAGAAAUUAUCCUUUAAUUCCCAUAGUUAUUGAACAAACUGGCCGAGGAGAAAGGGCUUAUGAUAUCUAUUCUCGACUUUUGAAAGAACGUAUAAUUUGUGUUAUGGGGCCUAUUUCAGAUGAAUUGUCUAGCCUUGUUGUAGCACAGUUGCUGUUUCUACAAUCAGAAAGUAACAAAAAACCAGUUCAUAUGUAUAUAAACAGUCCAGGUGGAUCAGUUACAGCUGGAUUAGGAAUUUAUGAUACAAUGCAAUAUAUAAGACCUCCAAUUGCCACAUGGUGUGUUGGUCAAGCCUGCAGUAUGGCUAGUCUACUAUUAUGUUCUGGAACACCAGGAAUGAGACAUUCAUUGCCCAAUUCUAGAAUCAUGAUUCAUCAGCCAUCUGGUCAAGCUGCUGGUCAAGCAACAGACAUUCAGAUUCAUGCAGAAGAAAUUUUAUAUUUGAAAAAGAAAAUUAAUUCUAUAUAUGCACAACAUACUAAACUACCUUUACAAAAAAUUGAGGAGAGUAUGGAAAGAGAUAGAUUUAUGAAUCCUGAACAAGCAAAAGAAUUUGGUCUCAUUGACACUGUAUUAGCUCAUCCACCUACAAUGGAAGAAGAGGAAAAAUUAGCCUUAACUCAAAGUAAUGGAACAUAAAUUCAAUAAAAACUAAUUUUUAUGUAUUAUGUUUAAA